AUGGGAAUAGUGAUAAUGAUUGUGUUAAAUACUGAAAGUCUACCGUUUCAAAUAGUUUCAAAUAGUGCAGUAGCCUCUCUAUCUGCGGUGGAUACAACGUCAAAAAUCGGAAAUGCAGGAACACAUAAGGCUGGUGUUGCAAUCAGGCCGCUCAUUAUUUUGAAUGAUAAAUCUAUUAUCUCGUCAGAUGAAUUGUUCUGUUGUGUUAUCUCACCAUUGUGA